AUGGCCACGGUCGACGUGACGAUCCGCGAGGCGUUGAACAUGGCCAUGGACGAGGAGAUGGAGACCGACGAGUCCAUCUUCGUCAUGGGCGAGGAGGUCGCCCAGUACCAGGGCGCCUACAAGGUCACCAAGGGCCUCUUCCAGAAGUACGGCGAGCGGCGCGUCAUCGACACGCCCAUCACGGAGAUGGGCUUCGCGGGGAUAGCCACGGGCGCGGCCUACAAGGAUCUCAAGCCCAUCUGCGAGUUCAUGACCUUCAACUUCGCCAUGCAGGCCAUCGACCAGAUCGUCAACUCGGCGGCCAAGCAGGCCUACAUGACCAACGGCGACUUCGGGUGCCCCAUCGUCUUCCGCGGGCCCAACGGCGCGGCCGCCGGCGUCGCCGCGCAGCAUUCGCAGUGCUUCGCGGCGUGGUUCUCCCAGUGCCCGGGCCUCAAGGUCGUCGCGCCCUACGACGCCGAGGACGCCAAGGGCCUGCUCAAGGCGGCGAUCCGCGACCCGAACCCCGUCGUCUUCCUCGAGAACGAGCUCCUCUACGGCGCGUCGUUCCCUUUGUCGGACGCGGCGCAGUCCAAGGACUUCGUGCUCCCGCUGGGCAAGGCCCACGUCGCCAAGGAGGGCACCGACGUCACCUUCGUGACCUUCUCGAAGAUGGUCGGCACGUGCCUCGACGCGGCCGCGAAGCUCGAGGCCGACCACGGCAUUAGCGCCGAGGUCGUCAACCUCCGGACGCUGCGCCCGCUGGACCGCGACGCCGUCAUCGACUCCGUGAAGAAGACGAACCGCCUCGUGGCCGUCGAGGAGGGCUGGCCCCAGUGCGGCAUCACGUCCGAGAUCUGCGCCAUCGUCAUGGAGUCCGAGGCCUUUGACUACCUCGACGCGCCCGUCGAGCGCGUCACGGGCGCGGACGUGCCCAUGGCCUACGCCAUCCCCCUCGAGAAGAUGUCCCUCCCCCAGGUCGACGACAUCGUCGCCGCCGCGCUCCGCACCAACGACCGCAAGAUGUACGGCGUCGCCUAG